GUUUUAUUUUAUUAUUCUUUGGUAUUAGGCAGUUAAUUUAGUUUGCAGUCAUGACUGUCGACAUAGAAAUGGACAAUGUCUCUCCGGAAUCUUCGUUUUUAUCGGAGAAAAAAAUAAAUCUGGACACUUCAAAUAAUAAAUCUUGCACAAAUGCAACAAUGAGUGUGCAAACCAGAGAAACAUGGAGUAACAAAGCUCAGUCUUUUUGUACGGUACUCGGUGCAAUAAUUGGAAUGGGAAAUUUAUGGAGGUUCCCUUAUAUUUGCUACAAGUAUGGCGGUGGUGCCUUCCUACUUCCAUACAUAUUCUGUGUCGCCUUCAUUGGAUUUCCAUUAUUUUUCCUCGAAACCGCCUUAGGACAAUUUACUAAACAGGGAGCUAUCGGAGCGUGGAACAUUGCUCCACUUAUGCGGGGUGUAGGCAUCGGUAGUGCCGUGUUGGUGACAUAUUCCUGCAUCUAUUUUAUUAUUAUCAUCGCGUGGGGAUUCUUUUAUUUGUUUCAUUCGUUCACGAUUGGUGAUCUUCCUUUCACAACUUGCGAUAAUUGGUGGAAUACAGAUAAAUGCAGGCCAUAUUCCUUCAAAUUUGAUACAAACAAUACAGACUAUGCAAUUAUUUCUAAUCGUACGUUUACAAGCGACACAUCCUUGAAUAACACAGAUUUUGGUUAUUAUGAAGCAGUGUCGGAAGAAAACAGGACCUUACCUAUUUCGGAGUUCUGGGAUCGUUAUGUUCUUCGUAAGUCAGACUCGCUAGAAGACUACGGUACCCUCGACAACUGGAUGAUGGUUAUCUGCCUGGCUGUAGCCUGGAUUACUUGUUAUUUGUGCAUUAUAAAGGGAAUCAAAUCGGCAGGAAAAGUCGCGAUGUUUACGGCUACGUUUCCUUACGUUCUUUUGCUCGUUAUCAUGAUACGAGGUUGCACUUUACCUGGAGCCAUCGACGGGAUUUAUUAUUAUUUGAAGCCGAAUAUGACGAAGCUUGCAGAACCACUGGUCUGGGUCCAAGCUGGAAGUCAGGUCUGUUAUUCUUAUGCAAUUGGGUUUGCUGCUCUUAUUACGAUGGGAAGUUUCAAUGAAUUCCACAAGGACUGCUACAGACAUUGUAUAUUACUUGUUGGAAGUUGUGCUGGAACGUCGUUUAUUACAGGAUUCGCCGUCUUCAGUAUUUUGGGAAAUCUUGCUUUUGUUACCAAUAAAAACGUUUCCGAUGUCGUCGAAUCGGGUCCGGGACUUGUUUUUCAAACAUUUCCUACUGCGUUAUCUUUGCUGCCUCUACCUCACUUAUGGAAUGCUUUGUUUUUCUUUAUGUUGAUCAUUAUAGGACUCGACUCGCAGUUCGCCUGUGUUGAAUGCAUCAUUGUCCUUAUCACCGAUCAUUGGCCUGCUUUUUUCACUCGUAAAAAUGCGAAAGAAUUAUUGCGAACUUUUAUUUGUGGAACUAUGAUGAUUAUUGGUCUUAUCUUUUUACCAGCGGGUGGUAUCUACGUCUUUGAAUUAUUUAACAACUAUGCAGUAAGUGGAAUCGCAGUAUUAUGGAUAGCAAUGAUGGAAUCCAUUGCAAUUGCUUAUUUCUAUGGAAUUGAUAAUUUUUAUAAAAACAUCGAGCAGAUGAUCGGCUUCAAACCAUCUCCUUUUAUCAAGAUAUGCUGGAUGGUCAUCACUCCGCUUCUUACAGGGGGCAUCAUGGUUUUCUACAUUUUUCAAUAUGAACCUCUCACAAUAAAAGGUUACAAAUAUCCUCCUUGGGCUGAUGCAAUAGGAUGGAUCAUGUGCAUGUCAUCGUUCCUAUGCGUUCCAGCAGUAUUCAUAUACACACUUUGCCAAAAGAAAGGAUCUCUGAAAGAGCGCUGGGUUGAAGCAAGCCAACCUCGCUUAGGGAGCCAUAUAGACGUUGAGAAGAAAAUGGAUAAUGAUUCCGAAGAAGGGUUGAUGUAUUCAUGAGCGACACAGAUACACAAAUGAAGAAAUUUUGGCGCUCGAGUAGUAUGUCACCAAGAUGGCGCACAACCUGAUAACCCUAACCUGGUACACAUACUAUGUUCAGGUUGUGCGCCAUCUUGGUGCACAUAUUACUCAAGCGCCAAAAUUUUAUUGCAGACGGUGGUAAUUGCAAGGAGUCAAAAAAUUUCUGAAUCGCAUGCGGAUAGAGUCUAUUGAGAACGCACUCUCAUUUUUCAAUACACAAUUGAGCACUCAGUAACUAGGGCUGGGCAUUUCGAAUCGAACAGUAAAUUAUUCGAAUCGGUUCACACAAAAAUUUGGAAUUGUUUCGUCCGCCAAAGGACGAGAUGAAUCUCGCAUUUUUUUUCAUUGGAGCCAUAUUUUUAAAAUUCAUUUCCGACGCAUACGACCCUUACCUUUCUAAAAUGUGUUUAUUAUUGUAUGUGACAACUAAGAGAACUGACUGAGUGAUGGAUUCUAUGUUUUCGGUAAUUUAUGUGGUUGGGAGACCCAUAAAAAUAAAAAAUCACAUACAAUUACAAACCUUCGAAGUAUUGGAGAUACGAUUCGAAAAAAAACACAUUCGAGUCGAUUCUGGAAUCGUCAACUAUUCGAAAAUGCCCAGUCCAAUCGGUAACUCGUAAUUUCACCAAAUAUAAUUGAUUAUGUAUAGGAAAAUAUUUGCAGGUAAAUUGAAUUUAACUUUAGUGUUCCACACACGUCAUUGCAUCAUAUGACGAGUCUUCUUCCCUUUCAUAUCUUAUUCGUGGUCGCUACUCUUUCUUUUGAUAUCUACACAGAGAAAUUUCCAGUACCUAAUUUUUUUACAUAAUAGUAAUAUACUUUCUUUAUAAUUAUGAAA